UAACAUGUAGUGGUGUGUUUUUCUUCGUUUGAUUUCGAAAUAUUAUAAUUUGUUCUUCUUAGGUUUUGCUGUAAUAUUGUUCUGAACUGAAUAAUGUUUAUCGAUAGAGGUCCAGAAGAACCUGUUAAAAAGAAGCGCCGUAAAAAUUUAGAUACAGCAGAUCAAGAAAAUGAAAAUGAGAAACCGGUAGCAAUAGAGAUGUUACAAAAGGUUCGAAAAAAACACAUACCUAACCUCAGAUUAAAGCCUGCUGGAGACAUUGCAUCUUUAAUCACAGCCGAAGAAGAAAGAAUACCAUUAAUGCUCACUGACAUACAGCAUCUUCUUUUGCAUUCCCUAUUUGGUAAUAUUAAUUUGAGUCAACCUCCACGAUGGUAUGUUCUGGAUAAGGGUAAUCAUAUCAGUCACACUACAUGCAUCAUAUUAGAAGGUCUUUCUAUUCACCACUGGGAAAAAUAUCAGCAACAAAUGAUAAAUUUGAAUAAAAUCUUCAAGCAUAAAAUAGAAAUUCUUACUCCAUCUGUAUACAAUGCUUCACUUGUUAAAGAGUUAGCUUUAGUGCCUUUGUCUGAAAAUGAUAAGGAAGCUAUUAUACAGAAAUAUGGAAGUAUGAAUUUAGCUUUAGAAGCUAGAAAAGAUUUGAUGGUUAUGAUGAGAGCGGUAUUUCCAAUUGAAGAUGGUAAUAGUGAAAAUUUUGAUUAUUCAAAUGAAGAUGCCUAUCCUAGAACACAACUCAUCUUGUCAGCUUGGCAAUUGGUUGAAGACAAUUAUCCCUUACCUUUGAAAGGUAAAUUACAAAACGCAUAUGCAGAUUAUGUAUUGACAAAAGAGGAAUAUAAACCAGUUACAGCCAAAUCACCAAUGUUUGGUUUAGAUUGUGAAAUGUGUCUAACAAAUGCUGGUUCAGAAUUAACUCGGGUUACAAUUGUUAAUGAGAAACAUGAAAGUAUAUAUGAAACAUUAGUUAAGCCUUACAAUGAUAUAACUGAUUAUUUAACAAAGUAUUCUGGUAUUACUGCAUCAUUACUGACAAAUGUUGACAAAAGAUUAGAAGAUGUUCAAAAAGAAAUUCGAGAUUUAUUACCUCCUGAUGCAAUUUUAGUUGGUCAUUCUUUGAAUACAGAUUUACAUGCUUUAAAAAUGAUGCAUCCCUAUGUUAUAGACACUAGUGUAGUAUUUAAUAUCACUGGGGAAAGGUGUCGUAAACCUAAGCUGAAGGUCUUAGCCAGGGAAUUUCUAAAUGAAAUUAUUCAAUCUGGAAAAGAAGGCCAUUGUUCUAAAGAAGAUGCAAUAGCCACUUUAAAAGUUGUACAGUUAAAACUGAAAAAAGAUUUAGAAUUUGGUGACGCAGUACAUACUAAUAGAAAACAGUAUAAGGAAAAUAUGAUAAAAGUGAAACAAAAGGAGGAAUAUGCUCUUUCAAUUUUUAAUCAUAUAAUAGAACAGAAGAAAACAUCAAUUGUGGUUGGAUGUGACAAUAUUACAGGUGACUACCAUACAUAUUUGACACAAGCAAAAGAAAGUCUUAAUUCACAGUUGAAAAAGAACAAGGUGAAAAAGGUGAAAUUGUGCACAGUUGAUGGCAUUGAAGAAGUUAUAUCUAAGCUUACUGAAUCUGUUAGUGAAUAUAACUUAGCUAUGGGACAUCUUAAAUUAGAAACCAAUGUUGAUAAUGAAUUACAUCAAAUGCUAGACAUUGAUGCAUGGAUACAAAGGGUGUGGGAUAGUUUGAAGCUAUCAGGUUUGUUUGUUAUUGUGUUUGGUGGGACUGCAGAUACCAAUGGUAUUGCUAUGAUGAGAGUUAAAGAUUUAACAUGAGUUUGCCUUUACUGAAUUACUUUUGAUGUAUAUGUUUAAGUAAACAUUUCUUUUGAUUUAAUAACAUAGUAGGUAGCCCAAUUCUUAUGAAUAUCA